AUGAGCGGCGCCGGAUCCGAUAUUUUCACAACCUUGGGCUUCUUUUCUAGGGCUGUGAUCGUUGGAAAUGAAGUGCUAGCGCUGGCAAUGGAGCAGAAAACAGAUUCCAUUGCCGCAAGCAACAUCUUAGAAGGCACAACAUACUCUUCUGCAAAUAGUUGCAGCGUUUGGGCAUUACUCGAGAAAAAGAUGGCCUUUAUAUCUCCGGGAACGCUCCUCUAUCACGAUGUCGACCUAAGGAGCCUAGUCCUGGUGUUGGGUUCUACGAUUCAGUUUUAUGAACGCAAGGCGGAGGAGCAACUAACGUAUGCUGCAGUUUCGCGUCACAAGGCAGGCGCUUUUAUCCCUGUGCGUGCGCUCCUUGUGGAGGAAAACGGUGACAAGUUGCUUAUUUAUCUUGGUUUGUCUAACCAGCGAACGCUAACGGAGUCGGCAUCAUCUCUUUACGUCUCCAAGACAGACUACAAAUGCCCCGGACGUCUAGCAAGAAUGUUUUACGGAUGUUGUGUCUUUAAUCUUACAAAGAACCAGCUGAUCAGUGAGCGGAUCACGCCCAUCAAGCGCAAAAGCCCAAUCUUAGAUCUUCUCUAUGAUGCCCACAAUAGCACAGUUGUUAUUAAGUACCUAAACCAUUCUGCAGAGCCGCUUAUGCUUACCAUAGACCUUAACAACUCGUACACUCUUGUGGCACAGCAGGGUAAGAAUAUUGAGUAUACCACGUUCGAUGGAACGCCGGUGUUUCCUACCAGGUGUCCACAAGAUCCAUCCGAUACUAUUCACGCCAGUUUUAUCGGCCCUGUCUCAAAGCCCGAGGUUAGUGCAACACGCUUGCCUCUUGGGGACGGAAUAACCCUCGAUCUGCUCACCUGCAACGUGACAUAUGAAACUAUCUAUCAUGUGUAUACUUUGGACCUGACGCUUUCGACGACCGGAAGUGCUGCUGCAGGCUAUUCCACAGCUCUUCAAGACACCCUGAAGGACACUGUAGGAUUCUUGUCUCCAGACAAUAAGGUGCUCUUCUUACAUGAUAGGAUCACCAAAGCCCUGAGGUAUACGACAGUUAGCGAGCUCCGGAAUAGAGUUCGCAUGGCACUGAGUGCACAUGCAAUCUCUCCGUGGUCUGACGAGCACAAGGCCUACUUUGAGAGCUUUCCUGUUGGCCAACAUAGCGGUGCUGUGGAAGCCAGUUCAGUAGUGGUGACAGCAAAGGAAUACACUCAGUAUCGAGUCCACCUAAUGUCUCUCUCUCCCAACAAUGCAGCCGCACAUACACUGCUCUCUCUGACUCGGGAAUCUGCACUAGAGCAUGCGGAGAAAACCCAGGCCCAAGAAGAUCUCAUUAAGGCAAUGUCUAAGAGGAUAGAAGAACUGGAAGAAAAGCUGGAGAAGAGCCUUAAAGCCAGUGGCCCGACACGUGCAAACCUAACUGAAAUGCUAGAGCAAACCCAGAAGCGCGUAGAUGACCUAGAAAAUAUGUUUGUGAACAUACAGGAGGAUGGAAUCCUAGCCAUUCCUGGAGCUGUAGAAAGUAUGUCCAACAAAAUAACAGCGCUUGAACAGCAUGAGAAGGACCUCAAGAGUCUGGUUACGCUGAAUAACAGUAUAAUCCAAGACAAGCUUUCAAAGGUUGAUAGUCAGAUAGCCGUACUUGACCAGAACAUAGACGAGGUUAGAUCAUUGGUCCCAGUAUUCGAUGAGAGCUUCUCAGAUGACGAAGUUGCAAGCAUAAAGUCUCCAUCCGAACCUAAUGACGAAGUUGAAGGGUUUACCAACAAGCUUGAAGCAGAGCACCUUGUCCUGCCUUUUAGUGAUAUGGAGUUCGAGCCCAACAGUGUGGCUCUUCCUUUCUGUGCAAGUACUGCUGGUCAGAUUGAUGCAGAAGAUCCUGCCAGUCUGCUCACAACUGCAGAUUUAUGA